CACCAUCAUGUUGUUAUAGCACAGGAAUAAUUGUAGAUGAAAAAGAAAUUAAACUACUAUCAACACCUUUUUCUUCUGAAUAUCUACCUUCUUCCUGUGAAAAUCUUCCGUCUCUUAAAACAAACACAUCCCAUCGUAAAUUUUACAUUACAAGUCCAAAAUCCCAUGAAUUGACGAUUUUUUAUUGGCGCUCCUUGACUUUUGGAAAUAAGGACGUAUCCUGGGAGACUAUUUCUCGAGAUCUCUGCCCUUAUCCACCAGAACUUACCACUUUUUUCCGACGAAUAUUUCACAAAUUUGCUCGUAAACGUGUUCCUAAUUUGAAUGAAUGGCCUAAAGGCUAUGCUCCAUGCUGGUUUUGGUCCAAAAGUGAUAAUUGGGGUACUUGUGCUAACGGUGCAAAAUAUCGAUUAACUACUAAUUACACACAAUGGCGAGAUACCGAUAUAGUAUAUUUUGACUAUCCCUUCUUUUUAAAAAUAGAUGACCCUCCUUAUUAUGAUAUAGAACUAUUGCCUCAUCACAAAGCUGGACAAGUCUGGUGGUUUCAAUUCUCUGAUGAAGGAUUAGGUUAUUACUGGUUCGUUGGUCUCGGGAGUUUCCUUAAUUUAUUUGAUAUUACAAUGGGCUCUCCUCCUGAUCUCUUUGACAUCUUCCAACCAUCAUAUGGAAUACAUAAAGAUCGUAUUCCCAAGUUUUAUGAAAUUCAUACGCCAUUUAAUAAAAAAAAACAAGAUGUUUUAGUUGCCUGGAUGUCUGGUAAUUGUUACCCUGUGAAUAAUCGUGAUGAUUAUGUUAGUGAAUUAAUGCAACACAUAACAGUUCACUCAUUUGGAAGAUGUCUUCAUAAUCAAGAAUUGCCAGAUUCUAUUCGCGAGAAAUAUGACAUGAAUAACGAUGAUACCGCUUAUUAUUCCAAACAUAUGUAUGAUGUAAAAAUGGAUACUUUCGAUCUCUAUAAAUUUCAACUUGCUUUCGAAAAUUCAAAUUGUAAAGGUUAUGUAACUGAAAAAGUUUAUGACUCUUUCCUAAGUGAUUCUAUCCCCAUAUAUAUGGGUGCGCCUGAUAUUGAUGAUUAUGUUCCUUCACAUUCAAUUAUAAAAGUUACUGAUUUUGAAAAUGUUGAAGACCUUGCUAAAUACAUUUAUAAGGUAGCAAACAAUCAAACUUUAUAUGAGAGUUAUUUCGAAUGGAAAAAAGACAAGACUUAUAAGAAUUUCUGUAAGCUUUGUCACAAGACUGAAGAACAAACAAUUUGUAGAUUCUUUGAUGAAGCUGUAUGGGUCUAA